UUACUCCAGCGUGCGUUUAUUGAUGUUGCUUCACCAGCAUGUUUAUGUUGAUCGAGGACAUGUGCCUUCGUAGCUGAUCGCCCACCAUAAUUCAUAGUUAUUCGCCAUUGUCGAGCUAUGACUUAUAAAUUCUAUGUAAUGUUGAAUUUUAAUCUCAAAUCUGUUGUCUAUUUCUUCUCGAUUCCGUUCCCGUCGUUUCCUACGGAGCUUAUCUUUUACAUCUUACCCUCAGGGACAAUUGUCGUCAUGCAAUGGUUCUCCAUUUUCUGCAGGGACACGCUGCUGAUAUUUCUUCCGACAGCAUUGACACUCCUGUCAUAAUGAAGGUAUGACAUUUCGAGUGUACAAAUCUAUUCGGGCCCCCUCGAUCGAAUGGCCUGCACUCUUUCCUAACUGGCCCACUGGCAGCUGAGAAUCAACGGUCGAGAAGAGUUCCCGAAC